AUGUUGUCGGCUCGCGAUCAGAAUAACGAUUUUGGCAACGAAGAAGAAUCGCAAAAUAUGCCGAUUUUGAAGAAGCCCAGAUUUAAUGUGAGUUUUUUUUUAAUUAAAAAUUGCUAAGCUCAUUGUUAUGCUCAAAAAUUAAAUUAAAAAUUUUAAGAGAUGAAUAUUUUCGACAAAAAACCUUAAAAUGCCUCUAACAGUGUGUAAACACCGUGAAGCACAAAUGCAAAAAUUUGAGUACUGUAGUGAAACUUUGAGUUUUCUUUUGAAAAAAUGGAAACUAGGUCACCUUCAUUUUUUUUCUGUGUACCGUGCCGCAUUUCAAAAAAUCUAAUUUCAGAGCAUGUCAUCUGAAUCAACAAAUGUAACAUUUCAACAACAUACAAUAAGUCGAGAAGAACGUGCGGCUGCAAUUGGAAAACAUCAAGGAUUCCGAGGUUGCACAAUCUGGUUCACCGGAUUAUCCGGCGCCGGAAAAACUACGAUCUCAUUUGCAUUGGAGCGAACAUUAAACGAGUUCGGAAUUCCAUGUUAUGGUUUAGACGGAGAUAAUGUUAGACAUGGAUUAUGUAAGAAUUUGGGAUUUUCGAAAGAAGAUCGCAAGGAAAAUAUUCGACGAGUCGCGGAAGUCGCGAAACUUUUUGCCGAUUCUGGAAUGAUUUGUUUGGCUUCGUUUAUUUCGCCAUUUCAAGAAGAUCGAUUGGAAGCGAGGAAGAUUCAUGAAAGUGUAAGGAAAUUUGUACAUCAACAGAAUUUUCAUAUUUAUUUUUUAUAGGAAAAUGUGAAAUUCAUCGAGGUUCAUGUUAGCACAACUCUGGAAGUUUGCGAGAAACGAGAUCCUAAACGUUAGUUUUCCUUUUUAUUCAUGAGAAUCAUUUUGUUUUUCUUUACAAAAUGAGACCUCUUAAGCCACGUCCAUUUUUCCUUCCUUUAUUUUGGACUUUUAAACUAGGCAGGCAUGAACCCGUCACCCUUAGAUUUCCAGCAACCACUUUUCAGAGCUCUACAAAAAAGCGCGAGCUGGACAAAUCCGUGGGUUUACUGGAAUCGAUAGUGCCUACGAAGCUCCGCAAAACGCUGAAAUUAUUCUCGACGCUGGAAAUGAAAAAGUCGACGAAUGUCUGGAACUAGUGCUGCAAUAUCUUGCUCAACAAAAAAUUGUGCCACGUAGCAUUUUGCAAGAAGAAGAAGAAAAAGAAAAAGAAGUUGUUCGCGAAUUGUUUGUUGACGAAGAACAUCGAGCUGAAAUUUUGGUGGAAGCUGAAAAAUUGGAAAAAGUUGAGAUGACCAAAGUGGAUUUGCAAUGGUUGCAAGUUUUGGCUGAAGGAUGGGCGACACCAUUGACAGGAUUUAUGAGAGAACGACAGUAUUUGCAGAGUUUGCAUUUUGGACAAUUGUUGGAUUUGAAGAAAAAAGUGGCGUUUGUUGGAGAGAAAAUUGAGGAGGAAGAGGAUGGAAAAGUGGGAGAAUGGAAAAUUGAAGAAGAGGUGAGAGGAGUUUAGGGCUUCAGAAUCCACGUGGUUUUUUUUAAAGAGUGUUUGAUGGUCCGAAGAUCAUUAAAAAAAAAUCCAAUUUCUUGGUCCAUUUUUAGUCGAAAAUCACGGUUACUGUAGAUCAAAAUUUGGCUCUGAAAAAAAUAUAUGUUUUUUUCAUCCAAUUUUGAAACGUGAACUGCUCUGCACGUUUAAAUUUUCCAAUAUUUCCAUUUCCAUUUUUUAUUUUUCAGAUAAAUCAAUCGAUUCCAAUUGUUCUUCCAAUUUCUCUUGACACGAAAAACCAUCUGAAUUCCACGUCAUCCACUUCAAUCACUCUCACCUAUCAAAAUGAAAUUUAUGCGAUUUUAUCGGAAAUUGAAAUCUUCGAGCAUCGAAAAGAAGAGCGAAUUUGUCGACAAUUUGGAACAAAUGAUAUCAAACACCCAACAAUUGCUCAGAUUAUGGAAAGUGGCGAUUAUUUGAUUGGCGGAGAUUUGAAAGUUUUGAAGAAAAUUGAAUGGAAUGAUGGAUUGGAUAAAUAUCGAAAGACGCCGAAAGAAUUGAGGAAGAUUUUUGAGGAGAAAAAUGCGGAUGCUAUUUUUGCGUUUCAAUUGAGAAAUCCAAUUCAUAAUGGACAUGCAUUAUUGAUGAAAGAUACUAGGGAAAAAUUGUUGAAGGUGAGUGAUUUGGGGAUAAAAGGAGAACAUUUUCUUAUCAUAAUUCUGGAAAAAUUUGAAUUUUGAGAUGUUUUUCCAAGAUUUUAUUUUUACGAAAAUUCCAAAGAUUCUAAAAAUUAAUUUUGAAAAAAAUGUUUGGAUAUUUUUCAAAAGUCACCCGAAAAGCCCUAAAAAAUUAUAUUUUCUAGGAUCAUCGCAAUCCAAUUCUCCUUUUACACCCAUUGGGUGGUUGGACAAAAGACGACGAUGUUCCUUUAAAUAUUCGAAUCAAACAACACGAAGCUGUUAUGAACGAAAAUAUUCUCGACAAAUCCUGGACUGUUUUAUCAAUCUUUCCAUCACCAAUGUUAUAUGCUGGUCCAACCGAGGUUCAAUGGCAUGCUCGUUCUCGAAUUGCUGCCGGAAUUCAACAAUAUAUUGUUGGCAGAGAUCCAGCUGGAAUUGCAAAACCAUCAAAUACAUCGGAGAAUUUGUAUGAAGCAUCGCAUGGCGCAAAAGUCUUAUCAAUGGCGCCUGGUUUACAAUCACUCAAAAUAUUACCAUUCCGUGUAGCUGCUUAUGAUAAAACGGCUAAUCAAAUGACGUUUUUCGAUCCAAGUCGAAAAGAUGAUUUUGAAAAUAUUAGUGGAACGAAAAUGAGAGGAUUGGCGAGAAAUGGUGAACAACCACCAAGUGGAUUUAUGGCACCAACUGCAUGGAAUGUAUUAGCUGAAUAUUAUAAAUCAAUCGCAAAAUAG